CAGCAUCAUUUGCGAGCACUGUUAAAAUAAUAUUCUAUUCAACAUUGACCACAACAAACCGGAGUCAAAAUGCUAGGCAAGGACGAUCGAUCCAAGGACAAGCGCAAUAAGAUGAAACAGCUAAAGCAAACGCGCCGUGGCACUACUACGACGACAACCAGCUCAAGUUCUCCACCAGGCACAGCUAAGGCUCGCAGCAUUGUGGAUAUAGCCGAUUCAAGCGAUGAACCGCGUUUCAAUCGCAAACCAACAUCGUCCACGGGUGGGGGUGGCAAUUGGUCAUCAUCGCGACCUUCAUCAUUGGCUGCACAAAAGAAUCGCGAUUUGGUGGGCACUUUACCACCAACCGAUGACACCGAUGACUUGGAGCUAGAUUUAAAUGGUGCACCAAUAGAUGAGAACGCUCGGGCCCAAUUGAGAGCCGCCGACUAUCAGCAGCUCUCUCAAUUCGCUAGCAUGGGUGGCGGCCACUUUAGUUUUGGUGCCGAAAAGGAAUGGAACAACAUAGGCCCCACCAAAGAGCAAGCCGCUCCUAUUAGCCAGAAGCUAUUUACUUUGAAUCUAGGCCUACUUGCCAGUGGACUACAAACGAUACCAUUUUACAAACUUAUGGAUUAUCCAACAACAAUGUUUACCCGUCAACAAUUGCAGGAACAGAAUAAGACAGCCGAAAAAGCGGAGAAAGUGUAUCAGCAACGGGUAUUACGCGAAACGAAUGGAACUGCAAGUGGAAAGUCACGAGUUUCUUCGGCCAAGGUGCCGGGAACAACUGUUUCUGCAACUGCCACUGCCAACGCCCCAGCACCUGCCGCAUCUCAGCCGGAUGAACUAGAUGAAUUGUUAGCCCUGACUGAUACGACUCUAAACCUUAAGAUAGCAUCGCCGAUUAUUCAGUCAGCCACACCGUCGUCAAAUAGCAAAACUGAUGUAGAACAAUGGCUUGAUACUGUGCUGGAUGAGUAGUUAGUUACUAGCAGGGUUACUAGGAAAUAGUUCAUUAGUCUAAUUGCUCUUUGAAAACAUAAUGCUUUUGAAUUAAAAUUUGCGUGAUAAUUUUAA